ACAAAACGACUGGCUUAUUUGUUGUUGUUGCAUCAAAAACUAUUUAUUAUAAAUAUAUAAUAAUAUUUAUUAAAUAUAUAAUAUAUUUAUUUAUUAAAUAAAAACUAUAUUAUUUAAUGAAAAAUAAAAUGUCCAAAAAGAUUUCAGGAAUUAACAACAAUAAAAUAAAUAUAAUAAUGAAUUAUAUUUUUUUUAUUAAUGUUUUUUUUUGUAUUAUUCACCUGAAUUUGAAAUCAAUAAAAUGGUAUAGAACAGGUGAUAUAGAACUUGCCAAGACCCUAGCAAACAAAUGAUAUACUUUUGUCAUUUUUUUAACAACAAAAAAAAUGGAGUUAUUCAAAGCACUUAGUUUAUUUGAUCGUCGUAAAUAUGAUGAAUGUACUGCAAUUUGUACAGAUUUACUUAGAAAAAGUCCACUAGAUCAGGCUGUUUGGAUAUUAAAAAUGCGAGCACUUACAUUACAACUUUAUGUUGAUGAUAUUGAAACUGAAGAAGAAGGAAUUGCUGAAAGUCUUUUAGAUAAUUAUAUGAUUGCAUCAAUGCCAAGACCUGGUACAUCAUUAAAAAAUCCAGGUACUUCUGUAACUGGACAAGGCUUUCGACCAAAAACUCAAUCAGGCAGACCAGUAACUGGAACAACAAGACCAAUGACACAAUCAGCAACUGCUCAAACAGUUGAACAAGCUCUGAAAACACCCAGGACUGCUAUGACUGCAAGACCAAUUACAGCUUCAUCAGGCAGAGCUGUUAGACUUGGAACUGCAUCAAUGCUAACAGAACCAGGUGGUCCUUUUAUUCAGCUAUCACGUUUAAAUAUUAAUAAAUACGCAAGCAAGCCUGGAUUAGCUAAACCACUAUUUGAAUAUAUUUAUUAUCAUGAAAAUGACGCAAGAACUGCACUGGAUUUGGCUGUUCAAGCAACUCAAUCAUGUAAAUUUAAAGAUUGGUGGUGGAAAGUACAACUUGGAAAAUGUUAUUAUACACUUGGACUUGUUAGAGAUGCUGAGGAACAAUUUAAAUCAGCUUUGAAAGAUUGUAAAUCAAUCGAAACAGUAUUGAGACUUAUCAGAGUAUACAUAAGACUUGAUCAACCUUUAGCUGCUCUAGAUCUUUGUAAACGUGGACUUGAAUAUUUUCCAAAUGAUGUAUGUAUUUUAACUGAAAUGGCAAGAGUAUUUGAAGGAUUAAAUAGCACAACAAUGUCUGUUAAAUAUUAUAAAAUGGUUGCACAAGAAGAUGCUGCUAAUACUGAAGCAAUUGCAAGUAUUGGAAUGCAUCAUUUUUACAAUGAUCAGCCAGAACUUGCUUUAAGAUAUUACAGACGACUUCUUCAAAUGGGUGUAUAUAAUGUAGAGCUAUUAAACAAUCUUGGACUAUGUUGUUUUUAUGCACAACAAUAUGAUCAUACAAUAUCAUGUUUUGAGAGAGCACUGAGUCUUGCUAAUGAUGAAAAUAUUGCUGAAGUUUGGUAUAAUAUUUCUCAUAUUGCUAUUUGCUUGGGAGAUUUUACAAUGGCUGAAGAAUGUCUGAGACUUUCAAUAUCAAUUGACAACAGACAUGCAAAUUCAUAUAAUAAUCUUGGUGUUGUUGAAAUAAAAAAAGGAAAUAUAACUGCAGCAAGAACUUAUUUUCAUGCCUCUGCCAGUAUUGCUGCCUAUAUACAUGAGCCACAUUUUAAUAGUGCACUUUUAGCUUAUGAGGUUGGUGAUUUACAAACAAGCUUCAUGGCUAUUCAAAAAUCUCUAUUUGCAUAUCCAAGUCAUUAUGACAGUAAAACAUUAUUUAAAAAAUUAGAAAGACACUUUUUUUAUUCAUAAUAUUUAAUUUAUUUUUAACUUUGAUAAUUUUUUUUUUUUUAAUUUAUACAUAAUUUAUAAUUAUUAUAUACAAUUUACAUUAAUACCAAAUAGUAAUAAUAAUAAUUAAAAACUUGAUAUAAAUGUA